AUGGGUCAACAAAAUACCGGCUGUGUUCCGACACUUACUUCGAGUCCAACGGGAAAUGUCUACCAACUUUCCACUAUUGGUUCGAAUCCCACUGGGUUGAGUGGUGGUGGCAAUGGCAAUAAUACCGUUGGGGGUGCUGGUGGUAAUAUGCUUUCCGGAGGACCCACCCAUCCUGGAUUCUCUAGUGCUCCAGCCCAAACUACUAACAGUUAUUCGCAGAUGCACAUGUCCCAACAGCAACAACCACCUCCCUAUUCCAUGGCGACCGAUAUGAUCCCUACAGGCCAUCAUUUAUCCAAUGCAAUUCCUACGCAGUUCGCUAAUCAGCAGUCCUAUACUCAGGUAAUCGGACCAAAUGGCGAGAAAAUGAUAUCACAGCAACAAAAUAUUUCCGUCAGUCGUAACUCUGGCCUCGGAUAUGGUGGUCCCCGGCCACCAAAUCCUACCGGCCCGAUCUCUUCACCCAUACCACAGCAGAAUCCUAACGCGGGACCGACACAGCCGUAUGGGCCCAUGAUGUCCGGUCCGAAUUCUGGUAUGUCUCAACAGCAAACCCAGCAGCAGCAACAACCCCCACCCAAUCGAAUGCCACCCAAUCAGAUGGGCCCGAAUCGUGUCGGUGUUCAGACCGAGGUGGUCAACUCGCGAUCUGUUGGCCCUCGACCUGUCUCAGGAUUAUCUGAUCCAGCGACUGGUUUUCAAUCACCUUCCGUCUACGUCUCCUAUUCCGGACCACCGGUAUCACAAACCGGUCCGGGUUUGCAAGUGCCUCCCUAUUCCAUCGGAAUGUCCAAUCCUGGCCUUUCAGUCCCCAUGCCCACUAUGGUCAACAACACUAAUAGCUCAAACAUGGCACCCAUUGGCGCAUCUUAUACCUCGGGGCCUAACCCAGCGAUUGUCGCCACUUCAGGACGCUCCACCGGUCCAAGUCCUGGUUCUGGUCCUAUUCCUCCUGGGAUGCAACUGGCUCCUGGUCCUUAUCCAUCCUCACAAACCACCAACCGUCUGGCCCCUACGGGUUACAACAUGACGCAGUCAUACCCUUCAUCCGUUCCCGGAUCAAGCCCUUUCCGAACACAACCUGGUGGACUAAUGCCACGCGCUGCCGGUGAUACGGCUUCUCCGACCCCACAGAUGCACAAAGAUCCUUCAGGUCCUGGCUGCAUGGGCUCACAGCCGCCGCCGCCUUGUUCCUCUGCUGGACCUAGCGGUACUGGGUCUCCCAACCCCAACACUAACGCUUCAAAUAAAGGUCCUCGGGGCGUCAAUGUUUCCAAUCCGAACUCUGGUAUGUUCAGUCCAUCCAUGCUUCCCUCGGGUCCCUGUUUGACCCCUAGCAAUGCACUCACUCCACCAAUAGGAACCGGUCCCGGUGGUAUGAUCAUCGGUGGGCCAUCUCAAUCAAUGGUCAAUUCCAUGAACGGAUGUCUCACACUCGGGCAAGAUGGAGAAAUGAAGCUCAAUUCCGUCCAAACUCCCGACGGUUGUUACAUUCAAUCAAGACCAAUGUCCUCAUCCGGUUCUCGUGAUCCUUCACUAUCCACCGGAAUUCCCAUGAAUGGACCAGUCUGUUCAGUCGGUGGUAACAGUGAUUCCGUUCUCUCUUCGUCCGCGUUCCCAAUGGCUCCAAACCAGAUCAAUGUGACCUCAACCGGUAUCCCAUAUCCUCCCGGCCAACAAAUGUCCGUCAUUCCCAACGAAUUUGACUCCAUGGGUGCCACCAACUCCCCACUCAUGCUGAUGACGAUUCCUGCCUCCUCGCCAAUUCCUGGCCAGAGCGGAAACUCGGCAAUGAUGAACGGACCCGUUUCCAUGAACAUGGCCGUGGGUGGUGGAGCACCAGCCCCACCUCCCUAUCACCAUCAUCACCAUCACCACCCUCAACAACAACAGCAGCAACAGCAAGCACCACCCGGAUCAAUUAUCAAUUGUCGUUCCACGAUGAGCGGUGGGAUGCCACCAAGUGCCUCGUUUUUUGGGUCUCCAACUGCAGUGACCGCCACAAUGACUUGUGGCACCACUACAACGUCGGCAGGUGUCAUGCACGGCGUCCAGCUCAUGCCUACCAUGUCGGAAGCUCUGCCGGGUCAAGUUCAAUCUGGUCAAAUGGAUCGGCAUUUCAUCGGUAUGUCGGGUGACGGAAAUGUCACACCGACUGCAAUGGGGAUGACCAUAACCACCAGCUCCGUGUCUGCCACUGCUCCGGUUUCCGCACCGGGCGUCAACGCGCCUACGGCUACACUUACCACCGGGAAGGCUCAUCCUGUUGGUGGAGCCGCCAAAGCAGCUGCCAGACCGAAGCGAACAAGAACCAAAGUAAGUCAACGUAACGAGGCACAAAUUUCCUUGGAUCACUUGACCGAUGUGGGUCGCAUAAAUUCCUUUGAGUUGGGGCUUAAUUGCCAUUUAACUUAA